AUGGGCAUCUUUUCAAAACCCGCGGUCACCUCGGCCGUCUUUGACCCCGUCGCCUUCAGGACGGUUCUGGCCAAGGUCGUCAAGGCCUACUCCAACAACCGCUCAACCGUCAAGCGCUCAAUCUGGAUCACUAUCCUCGCCACCCUCGCCUUCCGCAUCCAUGGCAUGGCCACUCACAAGCCCAAAAAGAGCGACUCCAAAAAGUCUGGUCUCUCCAAGGGCGACGGAAAGAGCGCCAAAGUCGCUGUUGACCGAGUGUUCUUUGAGCGUUUCAUGAGGAUCCUGCGCCUGGUCAUCCCCGGAUGGCGAUCUAAGGAGUUUUGGUUGCUGGUCGUGCAUUCUGGGUUCCUUGUCUUUAGAACGAUGCUUUCCGUCUACAUUGCCGCCCUGGAUGGCAGAAUCGUCAGUGCACUGGUCCGUGGGCAAGCCAAGGAUUUCAUGGUUGGCCUCCUGUGGUGGAUGACCGUGGCCGUGCCCGCAACAUAUACUAACAGCAUGUUGACAUACAUGCAGAGCAAACUGGCAAUCCAGUUCCGCACCCGUCUCACAAACCACAUUCACGAGCAAUAUCUCACAGACAUGACUUUCUACGCGAUCGGUAACCUAGAUGACCGCAUCAAGAACGCUGACCAAUGUAUCACAGUCGAUGUCAACAAGUUCUGCACAUCUCUUUCUGAGCUCUACUCCAACCUGGCCAAGCCAAUCCUGGAUGUCAUCAUUUACAACGUACAGCUCUCGAAAAGCGUCGGAGGCGAGGGACUUUUUGGCGUCAGCGCUCUACUUCAUGCCUCAGCAUUGGUGCUGCGCGCGUUGACACCUCCCUUCGGCAAGAUGGUCGCGGAGGAACAACGUCUAGAGGGUGAAUUCCGUUUCACACACUCGCGUGUCAUUGAAAACGCAGAGGAAAUUGCGCUCUUUGGCGGCCACGAGAUCGAAAAGGCCAUCUUGGACAGGAACUAUUUUGCGCUCAUCAAGCAUGUCAACCGUAUCUUCCGCAUGCGUGUCUGGCAUGGGAUGCUCGAGGACUUUAUCAUCAAGUACUUCUGGGGCGCUAUGGGUCUUGUAAUCUGCUCCAUCCCUGUGUUCUUCAAGCUGCCUGGACAGAGUGGAGGAGCCGAUAUUGGAGGACGAACUGAAGGUUUCGUCACCAACAGGCGCAUGUUGUUGAGCUCCUCGGAUGCAUUCGGUCGUAUCAUGUACUCGUACAAGGAAGUGACAGAGUUAGCUGGCUACACUGCCCGUGUAUCGGAACUGCUUGAUGUCUUUGAGGACGUUAAGGCCGGACGAUUCGAGAAGAGGUUGGUCUCGUCGGCCUCCACGGAAGAAAACGCCAAGGUUCUCUCUGGCCGUGGCGAUGUUGUCGAGGACGACACGAUCGAGUUCAUGGACGUCCCCAUUGUCUCGCCCAAUGGAGAUGUCUUGCUCAAGAAGCUGAGUUUCUAUGUCAAGCCCGGCAUGCACUUGUUGAUCGUCGGUCCCAACGGAUGCGGCAAGAGUAGUUUGUUCCGCAUUCUUGGUGGCCUUUGGCCUGUCUAUGGCGGCACUGUGCAUCGCCCCCACCCCAAGAACAUCUUCUAUAUUCCACAGCGUCCAUAUCUGUCUCUCGGAACCCUCCGUGACCAGAUCAUCUACCCCGACACUGUAGAGGACAUGAAAGCUAACGGCUAUACCGAUCAAGAUCUUCAAGAAAUCCUGGAAGUCGUCCAGCUUAACAACAUUGUCGAGCGUGAGGGUGGCUGGGACCGUGAGCGCGAAUGGCGCGAUGCUCUCUCUGGAGGAGACAAGCAGCGUAUUGCUAUGGCUCGUCUCUAUUACCACCGCCCUCGCUAUGCCAUUCUAGAUGAGUGCACGAGUGCUGUCAGCAUGGAAGUCGAAAAGAUUAUGUACACUCAUUGCAUGAAGCUCGGAAUCUCCCUGCUGACCGUCUCUCACCGCCCAUCCCUGUGGCAGUAUCACAACUACAUUCUUCAAUACGAUGGCCAAGGAGGAUACGUGUUCACGAAGCUGGAUGCUGAGCGCCGUCUUGCCCUUCAAGAGGAGCGCCAGAUGCUCGAGCACAAGCUGGCUGAGAUCCCUAAGAUCGAGCAGCGAUUGGAGGACCUUCGCAGCUUGAUCAAGGAGCGCGAUGCCGGCAAGGCUGUUAACGAGGAGCAACCAGCGACCAAGGCAUAA